UCGCGUAAAGAGGGUAGGCACGCUACUUUGCAGACGUCAGACAGUCCGCUGGUCUUUGGAUCCUCGACCCUUCCUCCAGCAGAAACAAUCCUCAAGGGUCCGCCCAUCACUACUCGUCAGGCGACAAACUUGCUCUCCAAUCGUCCCAAAAGCCCUUUUUGCCUUGGUUUGUUUACUUGUAUAACCCUAUUGAGAUCAAAAUCGUCAUCGUCAUCGGCAUCACCACCUUACCAUCGUCAUGGCCUACCAUGGUGGCAUGGCCAGUCCGCCACCGAGCGACGGUCUCGUGCCGGCCUCGUCUCCCGCCCUCCCCUCGUCUCCUCCUCCGUGCAUAUCUCGAAAAGAAAAGAAGAAAGCCGUCUUGACGCCCCGGAAGUUCCGUCGGUUUUUUACCCCGCGGGGCAUGCCCUCCCACAUCUCGCGAGAACGCCCGGCCCUCGGCGAGCUGGGCAGCCCCGCGAUCAAUGCCCAACCGACACCCCCGCGAUCCAGUCUCGCCGAACCUAUAUCCCCCUCCUCGAAUAACAGCAGCCUGCUGUCGCCCUUUGGAAGCGGAGAUGGGCCAAAGAAGCGGAAGCGGACCGUCGUGAAUCCGAUACCCAUGAAGUUGCCACCGUUGAGUCGGUGCUCAAAUUCGAAGCGCUUGAGAACCCAGCUGGAGGACCUGGCGGAGGAUGGGGACAUGCCCUUGGGCCGAAGCCCUCUCGCGAGGUCCCUUUUUGGCCGGGAUGAGAACACUCCACCCGAGGACCAUGUCAUGACCUCGCCCGAGGCACAUUCCCCUUCCAACCGUCGUACGACAGCUUUAGGAUCGAAGUACUCGGCAGGUCCGCAGACAACACCGGAAGAGUUUGCAAGGAAGCUCAGCUCUUUGACAGCCAGCAACUUUGCGAAUGUGGGAUAUGACGGUCUUCGGCCUAGGUCUACUUUGAUCGACUAUUUCAAGUGUAAUCGAGCGGGUGUUCCGUCUGCUAGCGGAUUGAAGCCUGUCACAGCCCUUGCAAAGCGCACCCAGCUGGUAAAGGAUGAAGCUACCCUUCCUGAGUACCGGCCACAGCCUGUAAUCAAGCUUCGUAAUCGUGGAUUUGGCGCUCAACUCCUCCUUCGUGAGCAGGGAAGCACUUCUCGUCCAGGAUGUGAGCGUCUCGAGUAUCCUGCUUUUGACUCAAGGGCCAGCACAGCUUCCUUUUGGAGCCGAAGCACUGACGUUCACAUGUGCAACGCGCACUUGACUCAGGCGAAUACCAUUCCCUUUAGUCUUGCGAGCUGCCACAAUGCUCCAAUGACGGCGAUUGGAGAUGAGGAAGGCUUCAUUCGCUUCUUCGACACGGCAACAACCCCUCUCGGUGCAACGCCUCGAACAAAAGUCAGCAUCGUUAUUCAGGCCCAUGAGAACGCCAUAAUGGAUCUUGCAUUCUCCGACGACGAUCUCCGUCUCGCAAGUGCCUGCGGCGACCGCUCGGGCAAGAUCUUCGACGUCAUGUCACAGAGCGUUGCCGUCGAGUUGAACGGCGGUCACUUCCAAUCCAUGCGCCGAGUCGAGUUCCAACCAGGCCAGGCCAACGGAAAUGUUGUGGCCACAUCUGACCGCGACGGCAAGAUUCAAAUCUGGGACCUGCGAUGUUGCAAUACACCUGCCAGCGCAUUUUCCACACGCGGGCCCGAAGGCAUCGUCCACCGCAACAGGCAUCAGCCGGCGCUUUGGGCGAGAACGACCAACACACUCGAUAACGCCCACGCCCGCACCGUCGAGGGCGUCACAUCUCCGGCCUCCGUCACAGCGCUGCAAUACAUGCCCCCAGGCCGCGAACAUCUUCUGCUAUCCGCUUCCGAGGCAAAUGCCUGCAUCAAGCUCUGGGAUACCCGGUACAUCACGCCGCGUAACAAGGACGCCUCGCCGCUUGCCGUGACCGCGGAACCGCCAACUCACCGCUGGCGCCCUUAUGGCCUCACAUCUCUCGCCCUGAGCAGUGACGCAGCCCGCCUCUACGCCGUCUGCAAGGACAACACCGUUUACGCAUACUCCACCUCGCACAUGAUGCUCGGCCAUGCUCCAGAACUUUCCCUCCAUCCACCUCGCCAAAAAGCCGGAUCGGCAGUCCGAGGUCUGGCGCCGAUGUAUGGCUUCAAGCAUGACCUAUUCCACGUUAAGUCGUUCUACGUCCGCUGCGCCCUUCGCCCCAUAUCCACUUCCGGCACAGAACUUCUGGCCGUUGGCAGUACGGACAAAUGCGCAGUCGUCUUUCCCACCGACGAGCGGGUAAUGCGAGAGCACUGGGACACGCAGAGUCACUUGCCUAUGUCUGACACCAUCAGCUUGGACGCCACCUCAAAAUCAAAACAGCCCCUCGCUGGAGGCCAAGUCCCCAUCGUCCGCAACGGAACGCCCCUCAUCCGCGGCCAUCGCCGCGAGGUCACAGGAUUGAGCUGGUCCAAUGAGGGAAAGCUCGUCACCAUAUCGGACGACUACAUGGCGCGCCACUGGCAAGAGGGCGACGAUGACAGCUCUGGCGGCCGCGACGCGUGGAACCUGCGCACCGGCGGAGAGUUUGGCGGCAACCGCCACAUGGCCGGGUGGGCCGACGUUGGGGAUGACUGGGACGAGGACUGCGAUUCGCAUUCAGAGUGCUGAUAUGAGAGAGAGAGUACGAUUACAUGAUGGAAAUUGGGGAGAAUGCCGGGAGUUGACCACGAUGGGCUCAAAUGAGCCCUUGUAUAAUUGUAUAAUGCGCAUAGGUCUGGAUUGGCGCGAAUCUCUUGAAGGGGAGUUUGUAUCUGAAAAGCAUUAGCUGGAAGGGGAAGGGGAGGACAUGAACGAUACCAUACGCAAGACGGUUAGGUUUGGGCUGCAUGGUAUUCGCACCGCAAACCACUGCUUCUGCUUUACGUUGCACUGGGGUUAGAUCUCAUGGCAUUCGCAAGGAAUUUGCGUUGCGCCCUUAUUUCAUAAUGAGACAUGUUAGAAAAAGUUGCCUCAUAUUUGGCGAUGGAUGAUCAGGACGUUGAUUCGUCGCCGCUAGCUGUGUGACUCAACAACACUACAUCCCGCUGGCUAUAGGACUGCCGC